UACCACGGUAGACGGCCGCCUACGAUCUACAGCGAUUCCGUACAGAUGCGCAUUUUCCCUGGCCCAUCAAGCACAGAACAUGGGCGCGUCUGAGGAGACCGAGGCUUUUCAUUUCGCCUGCAGACUGAUAAACGAGUUGCAGGUAGAGGAAGCUCCGGACAACUUACAAGCAGGAAGAGAUCGACCCUCGUCCGCAGCCGCCGGUAGCGAGAAUCAACAAACGCAUACACCCAUCAAUAUCUCAACACUAAAGUACCGCUGCAAACGGCGCCCCGGAAUACUCGAUGCAUCAUUGUCUCGUCUCGAAAGCUUUGGGAAUAGCCUUUCCCCAUUGCUGGGGCUCGCCGCAACCUUCAUCUCAGACAGGUAGAGCUUGAAUUGGCAAAGCGUUGAACCAACUUUUCUGCCAUGGUUUCCUCCCGAGACUGAGAGUCGACAGGCAACGUGGU